UUUUUUUUUUAAUUAAAGGCUUAUUUUUUUGGACUCCGAGAUCCGACGCGCACGACCAAGAACUCUUCGAAACCCGGCUUGCUGCAUCGCUCCCUGGGAUUUACAACCGAUAUCUUUGGACGGACUGCCUUUGCUUUUUUUCCUUUUUCUUUUUGAGGGAUUUACAAGGAAAGGGGGGGGGGCCGAGCAGAUUGCCGUCCCCCACUUGGUGGCUUCUUUUUUUUUACCUGCGUUCGUUGGCCCCCUUUUCUCAUAGAUAUAUCCGCACCGUUCCAAAUAAUCGACCCACUGUCUUUUUUAGCCGGGACCUGGGAGGAACCGGCACUGUCCCCAGCCACCAUGCCUCUGACGGUGCCGAGCUUCAGCCGGGCUUACGAUUACGACUAUGACUCGGUGCAGCCGUACUUCUACUUCGAAGACGAGGAGGAGAACUUCUACCUGACGGGGCACCACCGCGGCUGCGAGCUGCAGCCGCCCGCGCCGUCGGAGGACAUCUGGAAGAAGUUCGAGCUGCUGCCCACGCCGCCUCUGUCGCCCAGCCGCCGCUCGGGCUGCUUCCCGUCCAGCGCCGACCAGCUGGAGAUGGUGACGGAGCUGCUGGGCAGCGACGUGGUCAACCAGAGCUUCAUCUGCGACCCGGGCGACGACGCCUUCGUCAAGUCCAUCAUCAUCCAGGACUGCAUGUGGAGCGGAGGCUCCACCGCCGCCAAGCUCCAGCAGGUCGUCUCCGAGAAGCUCGCCUCCUACCAGGCCGCCCGGAGGGACGGCGCGGCCGCGGCGCGCAGCGGCAGCCUCCCGCAGCCUUCCCCGACGGCGCCUGCCGCCGCCGCCACGGCCUCCGCCUCCUCGGCUUCCUCGUCCGCUGCCUCUUCCGCCGCCGCUUCUCCCAGCAGCGCCUACCUGCAAGACCUGGGCGCCACGGCUGCCGAGUGCAUCGACCCGUCCGUCGUCUUUCCGUACCCGCUGAGCGACAAGUCGCCGAAAGUCGAGGCCGCCUCCCCGGAGCCUAGCCCGGCUCCUUUGCUGGGGCAGGACACGCCGCCCACCACCAGCAGCGAUUCUGAAGAGGAAGAGGAGCAAGAAGAAGAAGAAGAUGAGGAAGAAAUUGAUGUGGUUACAGUAGAGAAAAGGCAGCCCACAUCGAGGAAAUCGGAGUCCGGUACGCACAGGAAGCCCCACCACAGCCCCUUGGUCCUCAAGCGGUGUCACGUCCCCAUCCACCAGCACAACUAUGCCGCCCCUCCGUCAACCCGAGUCGAGUACCCGUCCGCCAAGCGGCUAAAGUUGGACAGUGGCAGAGUCCUCAAGCAGAUCAGCAACAACCGCAAAUGCUCAAGCCCGCGCACCUCGGACUCGGAAGAGAACGACAAGAGGAGGACGCACAACGUCUUGGAGCGCCAGCGGCGGAACGAGCUCAAGCUGAGCUUCUUUGCGCUGCGAGACCAGAUCCCCGAAGUGGCCAACAACGAGAAGGCCCCGAAAGUCGUCAUCCUCAAAAAGGCCACGGAGUACGUCUUGUCCAUCCAGUCGGACGAGCACAGACUGUUAGCGGAAAAGGAACAACUGAGGAGGCGGCAGGAGCAGCUGAAAAGCAAACUCCAGCAGCUCAGGAACUCUUGCGUUUGAAA